CCCCGUCUGCCGGCUGUUCCUGAACUACGUCUUUCAUUGGCUAGUCUGUUCUGCACCUAACUCCACGACGGGCUGAGGCAUACCAGGUCGGAACCCGGCCAGAGCCAGAAAACUGGCUGAAGCAAUGGCAGCUCCGGGGACACCACCUCCCUCAACCCCAGAGGCAGCUGGUGCCGUCUCAGAGGGAGGGGGGAGGGAACCAAAGAAGCUGCCUGAGCUGAUCCGCCUCAAACGAGAUGGAGGGCAUCUGAGUGAGGCAGAUAUAAGGGAUUUCGUGCAAGCAGUGAUGGAUGGAAGCGCACAGGACACACAAAUUGGGGCUAUGCUGAUGGCCAUUCGGCUGCGGGGCAUGGACCCAGAGGAGACAUCUGUGCUGACACAGGCCCUGGCAGACUCUGGGCAGCAACUGGAGUGGCCCAAGGCCUGGCACCAGCAGCUUGUGGAUAAACACUCCACGGGAGGUGUGGGUGACAAGGUCAGCCUGGUUCUGGCACCUGCCCUGGCUGCGUGUGGCUGCAAGGUGCCAAUGAUCAGCGGACGUGGUCUGGGGCACACAGGGGGCACACUGGAUAAGCUGGAGUCCAUUCCUGGGUUCAAUGUCACCCAGAGCCCAGAGCAGGUACAGAUAUUGCGCUUACUGGAGGAAGUGGGAUGCUGCAUUGUUGGCCAGAGUGAGAAGCUGGUCCCUGCUGAUGGAAUCCUGUACGCUGCACGAGAUGUGACAGCUACUGUGGACAGUGUACCACUCAUUACAGCCUCAAUCCUCAGUAAGAAGGUCGUGGAAGGACUGUCCACUCUGGUGGUGGAUGUUAAGUUUGGGGGGGCAGCAGUCUUCCCAGACCAGGAGCAGGCCCGAGAGCUGGCAAACACAUUGGUUAGGGCGGGAGUGGGCCUGGGGCUGCGGGUCGCCGCAGCCCUCACCGCCAUGGAUAGCCCUCUGGGCCGCAGCGUGGGCCAUACCCUGGAAGUGGAAGAAGCGUUGCUUUGCCUGGACGGUGCGGGGCCGCCGGACCUACGGGACCUGGUCAUUAGGCUAGGGGGCGCCAUCCUUUGGCUUAGCGGACAGGAGGAAACCCAAGACAAGGGCGUUGCCCGAAUGGCCGCGGCGUUGGAUGACGGUUCUGCGCUGCGUCGCUUCCAGUUGAUGCUUUCGGCACAGGGCGUGGAGCCAGGCCUAGCCAGAGCACUGUGCUCCGGGAGCCCCGCGCAACGCCGCCAGCUGCUGCCUCACGCGAGAGAGCAAGAGGAGCUGCUCGCCCCUGCGGACGGCACCGUGGAGAACGUCUUGGCGUUGCCACUGGCCCGUGUGUUGCACGAGCUCGGGGCCGGACGCAGCCGAGCGGGACAGCCAAUCAGGCCGGGAGUGGGUGCCGAGCUGCUGGUCGACGUGGGUCAGUGGCUGUACCGCGGUGAGCGCCGUUCGGGACCCAUAAGCAGUCCUCCAGUCCGGGUCGCCCUGUGUGGCCUAGGUAACCGCUUUCGUCGCUCGCGCAGGAGCUUCAGGUCCAUGGUGCUACCGGUUCUAGGGCCCAAAGCCUGGCCCAGGCUCUCUCAGUUCAAACCUCGAGUCCUUCUCCGGAUCCCAGGAGGUGAAACUCUGUAUGUAAAGUCCCAGUCCCGACACUGGUCAGGGCAGGGCCAGCCCCAAGGUCCUGGGCUAAGAACCAGGCUGCUGAUCACUGCUGUGUUUGGAGCUGGGCUGGGCUGGGCCUGGCUGGCAGCAAAAGCUGAGAAGGAACAGAGGCGCCAACAGCAACGGAUAGAGGCCCUGCGCCAGGCUGCUGUAGGCCAGGGUGACUUCAGCCUGCUGGACCACAAAGGCCAGCCGCGAUGUAAAGCUGACUUUCGAGGCCAGUGGGUACUGAUGUACUUUGGCUUCACUCACUGCCCUGAUAUCUGCCCUGAUGAGCUGGAAAAACUGGUCCAGGUGGUACAGAAGCUGGAGGCAGAGCCUGACCUGCCCCUGGUGCAGCCUGUCUUCAUCACCGUGGACCCAGAACGGGAUGAUGUGGCAGCCAUGGCCCGGUAUGUGAAGGACUUCCACCCAAGACUGCUGGGUUUGACUGGUUCGAAAGAACAAGUGGCCCAAGCUAGUCGCAACUACCGUGUAUACUACACUGCUGGUCCCAAGGAUGAGGACCAGGACUAUAUUGUGGACCAUUCCAUUGCUAUCUACUUGCUCAACCCAGAUGGUCUUUUCACGGACUACUAUGGUCGAAGCAGGUCAGCAGAGCAGAUUGUAGACAGUGUUCGUCAGCACAUAGUUGCCUUCCAAAGCAUCCUGCCCUGAACAUCCUACCUAGGCCCUGUCGGUAAAUAAAUGAAUGUACUUAGUCA